CAUGAUGUGUUCAGCCUCAGCAGUUUUUUCGUAUUACUCAGAUGUUUUUUUCACAGUUGCUGGAGGAUAUAAGACAUCAGGUCAGACUGAGAACCACAAACUUCAUCCACGGACUUUCAUCUGAUCAACUCCUCAUCAUGAAGCUGGUUCUGACUCUGACACUCAUCUGGACCGUCUACAGCACUGCUGGAGCACUUCAGUGUUCCACUUGCUCAGGUUCAUGUGCAAACCCAAUCCUUGCCCCUUGUACUAAUGGAGAGCUGAUGUGUGUGACGGCAUCUGUAUCAGUGAACAUAAGUGUCCCGUCUCCUGGUGUCAGCAAGCAGUUCCUCAGGGGAUGUGCCCCUCCCUCCCUGUGUCCAUCAGCGGGACCUCAAAGUUUUUCACUUCAUGUUGGUGUUGUAGCUGCACGUGGAUCAGCUGAGUGCUGCAACUCAGAUAACUGCAACAACAAGACUCUGCCUGUCCCCAUCGCUCCUGCAAAUGUCGUAAACAGUCUGCAGUGUAAGACUUGUGACCCAACAACAUCUCAGUGCAGCAUUCCAAUACAAUGUGAAGGAGUGGAGGACCACUGUGUCCAAACCACAGUGAUGAUUACAAGUCUGGUAAGAGAUGUGCCCGUCUUUGGCUGCACAUCUUCAAACUUGUGCACAAGUGCUGAUGUGCUGAAUUCUCUACAAAUUCUGUCCAAUGUUGGGAGCAUCACCAGUGGACCCACCUGCUGCACCGGCAACUUAUGUAAUGCUGCAACCACAACAACUACUGCAACCACAACAACUACUCCAGUUGCAACAACCACAACUACUCCAGCUGCAACAACUACUCCAGCUACAACAACAACUACUGCAACCACAACAACUACUCCAGUUACCACAACAACUACUCCAGGGUUGUACUCCAGUUACCACAACUACUCCAGCUGCAACUCCAGUUACAACAACUACUCCAGUUACAACUACUACUUCAGCUGCAACAACAACUACUCCAGUUACAACAACAACUACUCCAGUUGCAACAACAACUACUCCAAUUACCACAACUACUCCAGCUGCAACGACGACGACUCCAGUUACAACAACUACUCCAGUUACAACAACUACUCCAGUUGCAACAACAGCUACUCCAGUUGCAACAACUACUCCAAUUACCACAAAAACUCCAGCUGCAACGACGACGACUCCACUGCAACAACUACUCCAGUUGCAACUACUCGUUACCACAACAACUACUCCAAUUACCACAACUACUCCAGCUGCAACGACGACGACUCUAGUUACCACAACUACUCCAAUUACCACAACAACUACUCCACUUACAACUACUCCAGUUACAACUACUCCAUUUACCACAACUACUCCAAUUACCACAACAACUACUCCAGCUGCAACAAAGAUGACUCCAGUUACCACAACAACUACUCCAAUUACCACAACAACUACUCCAGCUGCAACAAAGAUGACUCCAGUUACCACAACAACUACUCCAAUUACCACAACAACUACUCCAGUUCCCUAACCCUAACCCUAACCACACAGAUCAAAAUGCUUUAA